GCAGAACAGGGUAUGCUAUCGACUCAGAAAAUAAGAGUCCAGAAAUUCGCAUGGAGGAAGAGAAGGGGAGGGAAAAGGAGAGAGACAUGGGGUGGAAUAACCCAAUACGAAUAACGGGGGAGGAGGAGGAGGAAAAGUUUGAACACAAACAAGUCUUGAGGUAUAAAAGCAGCGAGUUUCCUAGUAAAAGAAAAGAAAUUGCACAUAUAGAGAGCGUGUUUCCGUUGCUGAACGUUGGCGAGGGACAUUUUGGAGGCGUCAAAAUACGUCAAGGGGGUAGGGACGUUCCGGGCGUGUACGGGAGUGUGUGGUAA